UCUGUGUAUGUGUGAGAGAGGAAGGGAGGAGGGCCCCUGAAAGACAGCGUGGCUGCAGUGCCGGGGAGCAAGACAACUUGUCCAGUCAACCAGCACUUCAGCCGCUCAUAUAACAUCCUCAGCUUGAGCUCUACUGACUGGACAUGUUGGACAUGGAGCUGCACGCCGUACAUCCCGCAACACGAGAGGAUUUAUAGUCGGUGUGUGGUAACGGUUUGCUGGCAAAGAGGCUGACGGGCGACAGAUAACAUCCUGCUUUGGGGACUGCUCUGCUCUGUUGGAUAGAUGGAAGGCUAGCCAGGGUCAGACCAGCAUCUUCAAACACUUCACUACGUUGACGCUAACUCAACAGGCGUGAAGAUGGAUCGAAACAUGAAGGGUGGAACUUUCCCAUCAUCAAAAUAGGAGGGCGUGUCUCUUAGGUUGUGCUCUGCAGCUUAACUCUGUGACCGAGCUGGGAGACAGAGGACCAUGCCUCCAAGACCGUCCUCAGGGGAGCUAUGGGGCAUCCACUUGAUGCCUCCCAGGAUCCUGGUUGACUGCUUGCUGCCCAAUGGGAUGAUUCUGACCCUGGAGUGUCUCCGUGAGGCCACGCUCAUCACCAUCAAACAUGAGCUGUUCAAGGAGGCCCGGAAAUAUCCCCUCCAUCACCUCCUACAGGAGGAGACGUCCUACAUCUUUGUCAGUGUUACACAGGAAGCCGAGCGGGAGGAGUUCUAUGACGAGACCCGGAGGCUGUGUGACCUCCGGCUCUUCCAGCCCUUCCUUAAGGUCAUUGAACCAGUUGGCAACAGAGAGGAAAAGAUCCUGAACAGAGAGAUUGGGUUUGCUAUUGGUAUGCCUGUGUGUGAGUUUGAUCUUGUGAAGGACCCUGAGGUUCAGGACUUCAGGAGAAACAUCCUAAAUGUUUGCAAAGACUCUGUGGAGCUGAGAGACGCCAGCGGGCCCCACAGUAGAGCUCUGUAUGUUUACCCACCAAAUGUAGAAUCCACACAGGAACUUCCCAAACACAUCUAUAGCAAACUGGACAAAGGUCAGAUUAUUGUCGUGAUUUGGGUGAUUGUUUCUCCAAACAACGACAAACAAAAGUAUACAUUAAAAAUCAACCACGACUGUGUGCCUGAACAGGUGAUUGCAGAGGCCAUUCGUAAGAAGACACGCAGCAUGCUGCUUUCCCCAGAGCAGCUAAAGAUGUGUGUUCAGGAAUAUCAGGGUAAAUACAUCCUCAAAGUAUGUGGCUGUGAUGAGUAUCUGCUGGAAAAGUACCCCAUCAGCCAGUAUAAGUAUAUCCGUAGUUGCAUCAUGCUGGGCAGGCUGCCUAACCUGAUGUUAAUGGCUAAGGACAGCCUAUAUACUCAGUUGCCUACAGAUAACUUUGUCAUGCCAUCAUACUCUCGACGUAUCUCUACGGCAACAUCCUAUAUGAAUGGCGAGGCAGCUGCCAAGUCACUGUGGACCAUCAACGGAACCCUGCGAAUACGAAUCCUGUGUGCCACCUAUGUUAACGUCAAUAUACGGGACAUAGACAAGAUAUAUGUGAGAACAGGCAUUUACCAUGGAGGUGAACAGAUGUGUGACAAUGUCAACACGCAGAGGGUACCCUGCUCUAACCCCAGGUGGAAUGAGUGGCUCACCUAUGAUAUGUACAUCCCAGACAUACCCCGUGCCGCCAGACUCUGCCUCUCCAUCUGCUCUGUCAAGGGGCGGAAGGGAGCCAAGGAGGAGCACUGUCCACUAGCCUGGGGUAAUAUCAACUUGUUUGACUACACACACACUCUGGUGGCCAACAAGAUGGCUCUGAACCUCUGGCCUGUCCCUCACGGCCUUGAAGACCUCCUCAACCCCAUAGGAGUUACUGGAUCCAACCCAAAUAAGGAAACCCCAUGUCUGGAGCUGGAGUUUGACCACUUUAGUAGUUCUGUCAAAUACCCAGAUAUGAAUGCAAUAGAGGAGCAUGCAAACUGGACCAUCUCGAGGGAAUUGGGGUUUAACUACAACCUCUCUGGACAGAGCAACCGGUCAGCCAGAGAUCACGCCCUCACAGAGAACGACACUGAGCAGAUGAGACAGCUGAGUAACAGAGACCCUCUUUCAGAAAUCACUGAGCAGGAGAAAGACUUCCUCUGGAGACACAGGCACUACUGCAUGAACAUUCCUGAAAUCCUUCCCAAGAUCCUUCUCGCUGUCAAGUGGAACUCCAGAGAUGAAGUAGCACAGAUGUAUUGUCUGUUAAAGGAUUGGCCGUCAACGCGUCCUGAGCAGGCCAUGGAGCUUUUGGACUGUAACUAUCCAGAUCCCAUGGUCAGACACUUUGCUGUACGCUGCCUUGACAAAUACCUUACUGAUGACAAACUGUCCCAAUACCUUAUCCAGCUCGUACAGGUAUUAAAAUAUGAGCAGUAUCUUGACAAUCCCCUGGCCCGUUUCCUCCUCAAAAAGGCCCUGACCAAUCAAAGGAUAGGUCAUUUCUUCUUCUGGCAUCUCAAGUCAGAAAUGCACAAUAAAACCGUGAGCCAGAGGUUUGGGCUUCUGUUAGAGGCUUACUGCCGGGCAUGUGGCAUGUACCUCAAACACCUGAGCAGGCAGGUAGAGGCCAUGGAGAAGCUGAUUAACCUCACUGACAUCCUAAAACAGGAGAAGAAGGAUGAGACGCAGAAGGUCCAGAUGCGGUUUCUUGUGGACCAGAUGAAGAGACCAGACUACAUGGAUGCUCUGCAGAAUUACACCUCUCCUCUCAACCCUGCACAUCAAUUGGGAAACCUUAGGUUAGAUGAAUGCAGGAUCAUGUCAUCAGCAAAGAGGCCGCUGUGGCUCAACUGGGAGAAUCCUGACAUCAUGUCGGAGCUGCUCUUUCAGAACAAUGAGAUCAUCUUUAAAAAUGGAGAUGACUUGCGGCAGGAUAUGCUGACGUUGCAAAUUAUUAAAAUCAUGGAGAAUAUUUGGCAGAAUCAGGGACUGGACCUACGGAUGCUUCCUUACGGCUGUUUGUCUUUAGGAGACUGUGUGGGUCUCAUUGAGGUGGUUCGCAGCUCCCAUACCAUCAUGCAGAUUCAGUGUAAAGGAGGCUUGAAAGGAGCCCUGCAGUUCAACUCAAACACUCUGCAUCAGUGGCUCAGGGACAAGAACAAGGGCGAGAUGUAUGACAUGGCUGUGGAUCUGUUUACAAGGUCCUGUGCUGGCUACUGUGUAGCUACAUUUAUCCUUGGGAUAGGAGACAGACACAACAGCAACAUUAUGGUCAAAGAUGAUGGACAGUUGUUUCAUAUAGAUUUUGGCCAUUUCCUGGAUCAUAAGAAGAAGAAAUUUGGCUACAAGAGAGAGCGAGUGCCCUUUGUACUGACACAAGACUUCCUCAUCGUGAUCAGCAAGGGAUCCCAGGAGUGUGCUAAGACCAAAGAGUUUGAAAGGUUCCAGGAGAUGUGUUAUAAAGCUUACCUGGCCAUCCGGCAGCAUGCUAACCUCUUCAUCAACCUGUUCUCCAUGAUGCUGGGCUCUGGCAUGCCUGAGUUGCAGUCAUUUGAUGACAUUGCCUAUAUUAGGAAGACGCUGGCCCUGGAGAAAAGCGAACAGGAGGCGUUGGACUACUUUAUGAAACAGAUGAAUGAUGCUCACCAUGGAGGAUGGACCACCAAGAUGGACUGGAUAUUCCACACCAUUAGACAGCAUGCACUAAACUGAUCUCCUGCACACAAACAAAAAACACCAGUCCCAUCAUGGAUUUACAGCCGACUGAUGAUGGAAGUAUGCAGCUUAAUUUUAAUUUUAUUUUUUUAAACACCAGUGCCAUUUUGAUUUAUCUAAACAGGGUUCCUGUUUUUUUUGCAUUUUCUUGCCAUAAUCACCUGCCCUUUUCCGUAGUCUUGAUUUCCUAACUCUUCCCUCUACUUGUUCUGUUAUCUACAAGAGAGCGUUGUCCUUGCGUCCUAGUGAAGAUGUACCCUACCUGGCCGAUGCUCGUCUCCUUGGCUGUUAUGCUUCAUCAGUGAAUUUCCCCAAUGGGAACACAUUGGGUAAUGAAAGAUAAUUGUACCUCUUACCUUGCUGCACUUGUUGGAAAUACACAUUGGACAACUUAAAGAAGAUGUACCUGCCAAUCUUUAAAAGUAGCCACAAAGUAAGUUCAGCUUGCUGCUCUCCUGCUGUAUUACUUCUGAACUGUGGCUCCAACCCAGGAAGGAGGUGCUUUGGAACCUUUAAAAAAAAAAAAAAAAUUCUUAUCUUAUCACUUGCUGAGAAGAUAGCAGGCACAAGGAACUGUCUGAAUAUCUUACGUACAAAGUGGCACUGAAAUUUGUUGCCCAGUGCAGGAUUACUGAAGUAUGGGAGCUUCUAUGAUGAAUACCACUGCACAGACUUCCACCAUUUAUGUGGUGGAGUUGCCCUUCCUAGCUGAUUUGGUGUCAGCUUUCCCACCUUUUAACCCUUUGUGAGUUUAUUUGAAAAGCUCAAAAACUGCAGAGGAGUCUUUGGGUUGUUUUGCACAACUCUACAGUCUCCAACAAUUAUAAAGCACUCCACCCUUGGGAACAUUUGUUGGUGGUGCAGCUUUAGACUUUUGCAUAAACUUCAGGGUGAUGAUGCCUCUCCAUCUAAAAAAGCACUUAGAAGUACUGGAAUAAUAUACAGAUUUAUUAUGACUUUUUGAAUUUAUUUAUGUAUCUAGUUUCUUUCAGUUUCGACACAGGCAAAACUCAGCUCUCCAGAAACUCCCAAUUGUUUGUGUAAAUACAUUUAGAGUUUUUUGUAUUUGUGUUCAUCUUUUUGCUUUCUCCAUCUGUCUACCAUGAGUGCAACAGCUUUCCCCUUUUUUCCCAAGGGUUUUGCUCAUAUUUGUGAAUUAAGACUGCUGAUGCCUUUUUUUUGCCUCCAUCACUCAAAGUUAAAUAUCUCAUUUGAAAUUGUCAGGAGCACCCAAUUUGUGUUAUUGUGGCUAGUUUGCAACCCCUUGGAAUUUGUAAAAAUGUACUUGUUUGGGGAUGCAAAUUGGUAAAAAUGAAAGUGCCAAUCUCACAUUUUAUGAAUAAUGGAACCUAUUUUAAGCCUCUUUGUUGGCAAGCAGAAGUCCAGGGGAAUGUCACGUCUUCCUGUUGAUAAAAUGCCUUGGCGUCACAGCACAACACUCCACAACACUGCUCAGCCACACAAACUGCCUAAAUAAGUUGUUUUACCUUGACAGCACUAUUAACAUGAAAAGCUAGAUUUGACCUUCGUUGUUUUUUUAUUAUUAUUUAUUUAUAACAAUGUGAGGUUGUUGGUCUUUAGCAUAUCAUUAGAGCAGUAGAAUGUAUUUGCCGACUCAUGGACAAAGUGCAUUUUAACUUUUCUUUAUCACACAUCUGGUGGAUAUAACACCUUUCACAGAGUUCCAGCGUUCCAACCAAUAACCGACAAGAAGGAUUUGAGGGUUGGGCUUGUGGUUGGGGGGUUAGUGCACGAAAGGGAGGGAGAGGGGACCUAGCCUCGUUUUUGAAAAUACUUUAAACGUCAACUUGAAGUACCGUCACCCAACGUCUCUUAGAGCACUUUUUAAUACGCCUAUGAGUCAUCAAAUUGAUGAGUCAUCAAUUAUUACAGGUAUGUUACAGAAAGAGAAAAGGAAAUAUAAAAUACUUUAAAUCAACCAUCAUUUAAAUUAACACAAACAAUUAACACGGGUGCAGGAUUACAGCUUGACAAUGCAUUUUUGUUUUGUCGUGUCUUUAAAACAGACCAUAGUCGCCUUGAAUUUUGAGAUAGAUAACUUUUUCAAAAGAUAUUGUUACAAAAAGGUGUUUUUUGAGAGGCAGAAAACUCAACAGAUUUGUUGAUUUAAAACUUCUCGUAUGGUGUGCUUUGUUGAGAAGAGAAUGUAUUAAUUAAAGAUGGCUCAGAGCAGCCUCAAGAGCCCCCGACACCCUCGUAAUGUACUUAGAAAAACAUUUGGAUGUGCUCAUAACUAGAUCACCAUUUUACUUAGCUACAGCAUGAAACUCAAUCUGCCUGCGGAAAAGAAUGUCAACACUUUGUCAGCUCAACUGUUAAUUGUAUUUAAAAGCUAAAGUGGUGGUCUGUUCUGGCGCACAUCUGUGAUGUCAUAUAUCUUUGCAGCAUUAAUGGCUAGAAUGUAUUUCAUUACUAACAUGGACCAUAUGUGCACUCAUCUUUUUAUGUUUUCAAGCAGCAUAACCAGUAUAUGUAUGACACUUUACCUUUUAAAGAAGCAUUAAGCAGUAUGUAUGUACAGUUACAAUCAAAUCUCUAUGGCGGACUUCAUGUGUGACAAACCUGUAGUGUUCUCUUUAAUAUCCUCUCCCAUGUAUCUUCCAAAUUGAUUGUGUGAGUGUGUUUGUGUACAUUAAUGGUAUUUCUGUACUGGUUGCAGAGCUUCAUUGGCAGGCCCCAAUGAAAAUCCACACUGUAUGUAUGUACAUUUCCGUGUGUAUGUGUGAAGACACUUAACUAUUGAAGAGGUGGUCUUCCCCAAACUUUUUUUUUUUUCCCAUACCUAAGGUGUAAAUCUUUUACUUGAAACGUCACAAAUCAGAACCACAGCUAUAUUUGUUGGUUUAAAGUUGAGAUGGGGGAAAGUGCAGUGUCUAUCUAGUACUGAAUGUGAGAGUGUGUAUGUAUACAUAUUGUACUGUAUGUAAGCACCUAUGGUUGAAGAAUUGUGUAUAGGAUUUUUGGUUGAUACCUUUAAGUGUUUUUUAUGCCAUAGUCCUACAUAACUGAAGACGCACCUACUUCUUGAACUUAUGAAAGUACAAAUUUAUAAGAUCAGGUGCUGUCAGAACUAUGACAGAGUAUCUUACAACAUUUAAAAGAUUUAAUAAUCUUGGAUCUUCAUCCUCAGUCUCAAAUUUAUAAGAAAUAUGUCCAGCAUCUAAUUCAUAGUUCUCACAUCUUCUCAUAUUAUGUUUUUUUGCUUGAAAGUUCUCCUGCUCGCCAAUUUUGGCACUGAAUCGGUGCAAGAAUUUAAACUGUUGCACUAGUUUAUCUUUCUUUAAGUGAAAGCUUUGAUGGCAUCCGUGCUUUAUCUAUUUUCAGAUUCAAAAAGCUCAAAAAUGAAAACACAGGCCCAAAAUUACAAAUCUGAUUGAAUAUAACCUAACAAUCUGCAGGCAGUGGAGUAUCACAUAAUGAUACAUAAUUAUUGUACCUGCUAUUUUACUAAAUAAGAUGAAGUUAGAAAUGGUUGAUCAUCUCAUUUAAGCUCUUUACUCUACUUGUGCAGAGAAAUACUGAUCUGAGAAGUUUAACAGAGAGGAGGGAAAUUCUAUUUUCUUUUACCCUCUCUUCUGUGAUUGCCCAUGCUUAUACAAUCAUCUAUAAUUCCAACACAAACAGUGGACAUACACACCCAGAAUAUAAAAUACCAUUCAAUGCAAUAUUGAUGCAGUAAAUACUACUUUUUUGAGGCCUAUAUUGUUUAUUAUGGCUUUCCGAGAAGUUGUUAUUGUGUGUUAAUGUUCCGGUUUGUCCUCCUGAUGGACAGGCCCUACUGUCCCCAUGUAUAUGUAGUGAAUAGGUCUGUGUUUGUUUCUGAGGAGCAGUUAAAAACACUGUCAAAUCCACAGUUGCGGACUAUUUUUAUUUGAACUCCAACAAGUCCUCCUACUAUCUUAUACGACCCACGUGAGCGAUUCAGAAGAUAACGCCCCUGGCGGCAACAGAAAAACGGACCCACAGGAGCAUUUUCCGUCCAAAUGUAAAUGGUCGCAGUUUCAAACAUGUCAUUAACAUUAAAAUGGUUGCAAUUUGGUUAGGUUCAGGCACCAAAAACUACUACGAACUACUUCUAAGUUUAGAUAAACAUUGUGUUUGGGGUUGAAAUCAGUUGGUUGCGUUUAUUCACUUCCAGUUACGCAUGUGACAUAGAACGUGAUGUAGUUCUGGGUUAAAGUCCUGUGUUUGUUUGACCCGUUCACUACUCUAACUAACCUGCCGAGUUUGCCGCUCUCAUACUUCGUCAGCAUCAUACUGCUUUAAUCCCAUCUUUACUACAGCCACUAUAAACGUAAAUAUGAGUCAUGGGUAAUUUCUAUUGAACAACUAAUGGUGUUGUACAGUUUAGUCUGCUUUGCUCUAAACCCAGGACCUUCAUUCAAAGAGCAAAUAUGACUAAUCAUUAAGAUUAUUGAUCAUUUGUGAUCAUUUAUAGGCUUCUGAAGUCUAAAUUCUCACUUCAAACAGAAGUUAACUAAAUUCUCCGUGGAUUAAUGUUCUUUUUUUGUAUGCAGUGUUCUAAACUACAUUAUAGGGUGUUGCUAAUAUAUUUCUUCAACAUACCAUGCUGUCAGAACCUUAACCUAUACUAUGAAUGAAUGUACAACGAGCCAAUGUGUUGUUUUUCACAGCCUAGCUGCAUGGCAUUGGGUAAAACUCAGUAAUCUUCAUGCUACAUUAUUUGUUUUUUUACUUUAGUCUUCUAAGCAGCCAGACAUAUGUUUAUGAAUGAAUGCCUUAAGUUUGCUCCACGUAGGAACAGUUUCAUCAUCCUAACAAUAACCUGCAUUUUCUUUAAUUUAUAAAUGUAUGUUGUAUUUCAUUUUUGGCUCCCUGGUCACUGAGUAAAGAUUUGUACCCUGACUGACUGACUGGUCAUCUGAGUGUUCUGUAAAGAAGUACAAAUAAAUGUGUUAAACAUUUA